CUAUAGUGCCGCUCCGCCGCUUUUCGGUGAGCUCAGGCCGCGGAUGCUCACGUCGCCUGCGCCAAUCAGCGCGCCCCUCUCCCAGCCACUGAGAGGAGUCCAUGAAUAUUUAUGCGGAGGUUGUUCACUUUCUAGCGCUCAAAGUUAGUGGAUUAGCAGUGGGAGGACGGGGCUCCAUGAUAGACUAUCAGCACCGCUACCGCGCGCGGAUUAACAUUCAGCUCUUGCUCUUUUACCGCCAAGAACAAGAAAACAACAACAACAGAAUCUCGGCCGCGUGAAGGACUCCGAGCUCAGAGGAGCGGGGUCGAUCUCCCGGUGGGCGAAGACGUGCCUUGCGCACCACUUCAAAGACUUUGGCGUUUCUUUCUCGUUUCCCUUUUGUGUGAAUGUGAGUGUGUGUGUGUGUGUGUGUGUGUGUGUGUGUGUGUGUGUGUGUUAGUGAGUGUGCGCGCGCGCGCGCGCGCGUGUGUGUAAAAUGCCAAGACUUCGUCCAUCACCCUCUGGCUGCAUCAGGCUGGGCUGUUCGUUUGGAAGGACGCCAGACCGCAGCCCUUCUAAUCUGCAAGUUCAGUCCGAUAAAUUGUGACAAAGGCUGUCAGCAGCGGGAAUAAGAAAUCGAUGCGCGCGAAAGCGACGCGCGGUAUUCCUCUGGAAUUCUAACGAUCCGCUUCCCUCCUCGCUCUCGCUCUCGCUCGCGCCCCUCUCCAGCAUGCGGACUGAAGCUCGCUCCAACUCCUCCUCGGCGCUCGGGCUGUGAGCAGGGGGGCUCCCCGAUAGCGACACACAUUAUCCUGUAUUGCCGUCGUUCUUGUUGCCGCUAUUGCUGUCGCUGUUGUUGUUGUUGUUUGUUGUUGUUGAGUGUCCAUGCAAGACUUGAGGAGGUAGGGCGAGGAAACAUGUCUGGCCACUUCUCCGAGAGGGAUCACUGCUGUCAGAGAUGGCAUUUUGGUCCAGCACUUCGGUUUUGACUUCUAAAGUGCCCCGGAAAAUCCUCUUCAUGUUCACCCUCUCCCUCUCCGUCACGUACCUGUUCUACAGCUUGAUGAGCUGCUACAACUCCCAGCUGCAGUUCCCCCUCCAGGAGAACUACGUCUACCAGGCCAGGCUGGUGACGGAGGAGACAACUUUCGUGACGCUGAGGGAGAAACUUUACUCCACCGCUUCUCGGGCUUACUUCGACGAGGAGCUGAUAGAAAGGACGGUGACGGAGCAGACGCUCGUCUUCUCCACGGACAAGCGCGAUGCUGCGAGGGCGGAGGAGAGGACCGCCGGCUGGGAUCGAGCCCAGGCGGCCACCACGACCAGCAGCAGCAGCAGCAGCAGCUUCCACUCCGCGGCCGACGCCGCCGCCGCCGCUGUGGAGAAAGAGCAUCAGGACUUCAGCACCACGGACAGCGACCUCAGCCUCAGGAGAGCGCCCAACUGCACCUCGGAUUACGGCGAGAAGAAACUACCCCAAGCCAUUAUAAUCGGAGUGAAGAAAGGAGGUACUAGGGCACUACUGGAGGCUCUGAGGGUCCAUCCCGACGUCCGCGCGGUCGGAAACGAGCCUCACUUCUUCGACAGGAACUACGAGAGGGGGCUUGAUUGGUACAGGGACUUGAUGCCUUCGACGCUGGAGGGCCAGAUUACGAUGGAGAAAACCCCCAGCUACUUUGUCACGAACAGUGCCCCCAAGCGCAUCCACUCGAUGGCUAAAGACAUCAAACUGAUCAUAGUCGUCCGCAACCCUGUGACUCGAGCCAUUUCAGACUAUACGCAGACUCUGUCCAAAAAGCCAGAGAUCCCCACCUUUGAGGUUCUUGCCUUCAAGAACCGGACACUGGGCCUGAUCGACGCCUCAUGGAGCGCGCUGCGGAUCGGCAUCUACGCGCUCCACCUGGAGAACUGGAUGCAGUACUUUCCCCUCUCUCAGAUGCACUUUGUGAGCGGCGAGCGGCUCAUCGUGGACCCAGCCGGCGAGAUGGCCAAGGUGCAGGACUUCCUGGGCCUCAAGCGCAUUGUCACCGACAAGCACUUCUACUUCAACAAGACCAAGGGGUUCCCCUGCUUGAAGAAGCCUGAAGACAGCAGUACUCCACGGUGCCUUGGCAAGUCCAAGGGCAGAACUCACCCCAAAAUAGACCCGGACGUCAUCCGCAGACUACACAAGUUUUACAAGCCCUUUAACAAUAUGUUCUACCAAAUGACAGGGCAGAAUUUCCAGUGGGAGAUGGAGGAGGGAGGGGAAUCCCCUGGCUCUCGGGACUAAUGCACUGAAACCACUCAUAAAGCCCACUCCACCAGCCAAUCCCAACCUGCGCCAUCUGCCCAACCAGUGCUUCAGCACAACCAAUCAGUAACGGCUGUCUUUGCAAAAGUGUCUGUAUUAAUAGCAAACGUUCUACUGACCUGCUCUUUAAUCCCUCCUCGAAAAGCCAGUGUUCAUGGUGACAAACUAUUGUAUAUAUUAUACAA